ACCAUUCACUUCCUGUAGUCGCAAACUGAUCGACAGACUAACCGGAAACGGCUGUUGUCUGUAAUUUUUGUACUUUUAUGUCGAAUAUUUCUCGGCAAAGUCGUAAGAAAAAAUGAAACUUGUGCGAUUUUUGAUGAAGCUGAGCCAUGAAACGGUUACCAUCGAGCUGAAGAAUGGCACCCAGGUUCAUGGCACCAUAACAGGUGUGGACAUCAGUAUGAACACUCACCUAAAAGCUGUGAAAAUGACACUGAAGAAUAGGGAGCCUACCCAACUGGAGUCUCUCAGUAUCCGUGGCAACAACAUUCGCUACUUCAUCCUGCCGGACAGCCUGCCACUGGACACACUGCUGGUUGACAUUGAACCCAAAAUCAAGUCAAAGAAGAGGGAAGCUGUGGCUGGACGGGGCCGAGGUCGGGGCAGAGGCAGGGGGAGAGGGAGAGGCAGGGGCCGAGGGGGACCCAGGCGAUGAAUCCUUCAUCUCCAGCCCGUCUGCUCUUCCUUUCUGCCUGUACAGUCUUUGUUUCUUCAGGAAGAAUUUUGGAAACUUCAAUUUUUUUCAACCCUCUCUUUUAUAUAAUAAACAAUGUUUUGGG